CUCGCCCUUCUCGACCGCUCGUUCGCUCCUUCCUUUCUUCUGACCAAAAGAAGGGUAAUCGCAGCUAUUGGCCUUAUCCGGCAUGUGACAGCAUCGCGAGCUAGUGCCACGCAAGCACAUCUCACACCUAGACAUACGGCCAAGUAACCUGUUUCCAUGUGCCGUUGGUUCGCCUAUCUCUCACCUACAGAGCCCUGUCUGCUCUCAGACGUCCUCAUAACACCUAAACACGCUCUUACCAACCAAGUAAACGACCACUACCUACCUCGCCUUAUCGCCCAUCUGCCCGACAAAAUCACUGCAGAACACGAAGCUAAUGCGCGAAACCGCAUUCUCAACGCCGAUGGUCUGGGAGUAGCUUGGUACACGACCUCCUACAGCGACUUCGAAAAAGGCAUCACUGGCGAGAGCGAAGAUGGGAAGCCUCAUGAAGGUCUCAGACCUGCUGUAUACAAGACGAUACAACCUCCAAAGGGAGACAUGAACUAUCGUUCCAUCUGCGCCAACACUGAGACUCGCUGCUGUUUCGCUCACAUCCGUGCUACCUCAGCAUCCGCCGUCACUCAGGUGAACAACCAUCCUUUUCUGUUCGGAAGAAUCACUUUCAUGCACAACGGUGCAGUCUCGGACUUCAUCGACAUCAGACGUGGUAUUUGCGACAUCCUGGAUCCCGACACGUACGCCAAUAUUGAGGGAAGCACCGAUAGCGAGCACAUCGGUGCGUUAUUUGUCCACUAUUUGUCUGAGGGUCGAGGCAAGGACAGCUGGGAUGAGGAUUACUCAGUGCACGCCAUGGCAACUGCCAUCCGUAUAGCCGUCAAAACAAUCAUCGACUUGCAGAAGGAGAUCCUCGGUGCAAAGAGAAAGCCCAACUCGUUGAACCUGGCUGCAACCGAUGGCACCAAGAUGAUCGCAUGCCGCUUCCGCAAUCACGCUAUUGAGCAGCCUCCGAGUCUGUACUACUCGACCAGAGCCGGUGUGACUCUGAACCGCAAAUACCCAGACCAUGCCGAUGGAAAGAAUAUAUCCGAUGAGGGCCCAAAGAAGUCAGAGGACGAGCACGGAAACCACGUCAUUGUCGCCAGCGAGCCAAGCACAUACAUAGACGAGGAUUGGGAGUUGAUCGGCAAAAACCAGUACCUGCUUGUAAACAAGGAUGGCAAGGCUAUCAUACAGAACAUGAUGUACGGUCAGACAUGGGAUGCAGAUGAUGAAGAAGCUUAGAAGGCAAUCUUGGCGGAGGCCGCUUCACGUCGUUCAUCCGAGGCAUGAUGAGAGGGACGUGUCUCAGCCAGCAGCUUAAACAAGACUCAUAAUCGCCAAUAGCAAUCGCCCUAAUCUAGGCUCAGAUGCACCUACCGACCGGCUUGGUCCCUUCUAAUGCCCCGUCACAUUGAUAGAAAGUUCCAUCUCACUAUCACAAGAUUGAGCAAAGCGGUGCGACCGUAUUAUUGUCCGUAUGUACAAUUGCCGUGAAAUCCGGAGGUCUUGAUGUUGUUAGGGCUCUUUUAGGAGACAAGCUUCUUCAUGGCGUUUCAAGCAUUAAGUGUUUCAUCGCAUUGUCGUUCGUGGUUGACUUUAAGCGAAGCCAGUCAAACUUCCACCCCGGCCCUAAACUUCAACUCUUGACACUGGUCCCUAUACCUGGGCCUAUAAAGAGUCCACUCGUUUCUAUAUUUGAGCUCUUA